AGAAAAUGAGAAAAUGAGGUUGGACAUGCGCCGACUCCCGCAUCCCUUGCAGCGGUGCAGAGAGCGUUGACUCCAUCGCAUCCGGACCGGCCAACAAUCAUCCCAAAUGAAUGAGAUGGCGCAACGUAUAACACUGUACUGGAUAGAUGGGCCGACUGAGCCGGAGGGAGGAGUGGGGCCUUUCAUGCAGCCAGAACAGAGAAGAUCGUUCCGACAUUCAUGUCCGAGCCAGCUUUUCACGUAUAAUUUGCGCGCUGCAUUGCAGGGACGAGAUUUGAUUUGAUGCUUUGGCGAGCGUGUGGGUGCACGUUCAUGUGCUCGGUGUCUGCAUUUGAGGGCGGCCGAAGAUAUUGACUCUGUCACCGCGAAAGCGUUGUUCCUGGAUCACGACAUUUGAGCAAUUCUCGUACUCAUUCCCCAGUUCUGCGAUUGUGAAGAAGCCUGUGGUCACUGGCUUCUGUCCGCGUCGUGGGGGCGGUCCAAUCUGUGUGCCGUUACAGGGCUAAUGGCACACCGCGCCUAUAAAGACUUGAAGCCCAAUUAGAAUCCAGCGAGCGAAUUGAGCGUCUCUGCAAACUUCUCCGAUGGCACGUGAAUUCGAGUAUCCUUGGCCCUCCCCUAACCUUCUACACAGAGUGAAGGAAAAUGUGGGAAUCAGAAGUGAAUCCCCGACCUGUGAAGUGAAUUUCGUUGUGUCGCCAUACCGUAUCUGCCCUCUGGGUGCCCAUAUUGAUCAUCAGGGAGGAUCAGUGACAGCCAUGGCGAUCAACAGGGGAGUAGUCCUUGGAUUUGUUCCAUCCGACGACACGACGGUGGUACUCACUAGCAGUCAGUUUAGUGGUACAGUGCACUUCAGCCUGGACAAUUUACUACCUGCAAGACCUUCAAGGAUUCAUGUCACUGCAACAGAAGAUGCUUGGGGAGACUACGCCAGAGGUGCAGCCUUUGCUCUUCAAAACAAAGGAUACAAACUUACGAAGGGAAUUAGAGGAUACAUGGAGGGAUCACGAGGAUUUGAUGGGGGAGGUUUGAGUUCUUCAGCAACUGUUGGAGUGGCGUAUCUUUUGGCUCUUGAGCACGUAAAUGGGCUUCGUGUUACAGAAAUAGACAAUGUGGAGCUUGUAAGGCUCAUAGAAAAUGUAUAUCUAGGAUUGAAAAUUGGGGUGCUUGACCAGUCUGCAAUCCUUCUUUCUCAGCAGCACUGCUUGAGUCUCAUCCAUUGUAAGAACUUGGAGUAUGAAAUUAUACCACCUCGACAGCACCACUUUGAGUCCUUCAAAAUCCUGAUUGCAUUUUCAGGUCUUCGACAUGCCCUCUCGAGCAAACCAGGCUACAAUAUGAGGGUCAAGGAAUGUCAAGAUGCUGCACGAAUUCUACUCAAGCUUGUUGGACGGGAGUCAAGUGAAGCUUUGCUUUCUAACGUCACGCCAGAGGAGUACUCAAAGCAUAAGGGAGAAAUGGAGGGAACUUUGGCUAGGAGGGCAGAGCAUUUCUUCACUGAGCAUGAGCGGGUAUUCGCCGGAAUACAAGAGUGGAGGAAAGGAAAUAUUGUAGAAUUUGGCAAGUUGAUGUCAAGAUCCGGUCAAAGCUCCAUCGAAAACUAUGAAUGUGGUUGCGAACCCCUCAUCCAUCUGCGGGAGAUACUCCUGGAUGCACCGGGUGUGUAUGGAGCACGGUUCUCUGGAGCUGGUUUCAGAGGUUGUUGUGUGGCAUUUGUGGCUCCAGAUAAGGCUGAAGAAGCUGUGGCAUAUGUUGACAAGAUGUACAAGUUAGCACAGCCCGAACUUGCCAAGGAGAUCAAAGAGACGCCAAUAGCUGUCAUAUGCGAAUCUGCAAACAAAGCUUACAUUUUAUAACAGAUGUUUUCAAUAUACCUGGUCUCGCACCACAUUGCAUGCAAACCAAGUGUUCUCUUUGCAACCGGACACGAUUUAUGGUAUAAAGCAGAAAGGGGUAUGCCUUAUUUGUUGGUGGAUCAGUGGGAAUGUUCUUCGUCCGCAUGAACCUAUAUUUUGUCAUCGGUUAGAAGCUUUCUGAUUCUACUAGUUACAAAUAUAUAAGCUUUCUUGUAAUCAGUUAAUAGUAGUGAGACUUAAGUAUCGAGAAUGCUUUGCCUUCAUGAUCAGCUUGACCCUCUAGGAGUACAUGACAACCUGAAAGGGCCGAUGGUCUCUCACUGCUUGCAAAUGCAAGCAAAAUCACUCCUUACUCCAUAAAUAAUUGUCAAACAUAUAAUUGUC